AUGGUGUCUGUACGCCCCGACUCCGAACGCGCGCCUGACAAGUUCUCGGAUAAGGAGCUUCGGGACAGGCAGCUCUCUCGCAUUCAGAGUAUUGUCGGACCGGAUCCUACGGCGGAACAGCAGCCCACCAGUGUUGACCGUCCUCAACAUCCCUCGUCUGCUAUGGCUCUGCCCACCGCCUCCAAGCAAGCAGCCGGAGCGGCAACUGCGCAGUGUUCUGGACAUCGUGAAGAUGGAUGUCAGAGGAAAUUGGGUAGUGAGCAACUGUCGCCGCGCGAGGAGUCCGAGCCCGAAGACGAUACAGGAGGAAAGUGGGAUGCGAGCGCUGACGAUGGUCAGAGGAAAUUGGCUAGUCAGCAACUGUCGCCGCGCGAGGAGUCCGAGCCCGAAGGCGAUACAGGAGGAAAGUGGGAUGCGAGCGUUGACACGGACCAUGUGCCAAACACGCGACACUAUGAUCACGGUGCCCACGCCUACUAUCCACAACGUUGUACCCCUGCGCAAGGAGCAUUCUCGACGAAUGAUGGACCAAGUUACGCCGAGCUCUCAUUCCAGGCAGCGAGGACCUCCACCGCAGUCCUCAACCUAAUGCACUUGAAUGGAACCGUCCAACCCACGACAACACAAAGCGAGGUCCCGCAGCAGCAAACUCGACAAGUUCGCUCGGAGUCGCUCUCUGAGAAGAUGGCGACUAUGGAGUAUGACGAGUAUGGUAUGCCGCUUAGGACUGAGAAUGACGCAACGAUGAGAAUGCACGCUUAUGCCGCGGCUGCUAAGCGAACCGCUACGCUCUCGGAGGGAAUUCAAAAUGACGCAAGCCAACCUUCGGCGGCGUACGAUGCCGUUACAGCAACUGAUUCCGCACAGCGCUCGCGUAUCAGUGCGACUUCGGAGGCAUUCGACAGCACGGGAGUAUCGUCCAGGGCUGAGGCAUCGACUCUCUCCCUCCCAAGCAUUGGCGUGGCGGGCGCGUUCGUCAGAAGAGAGGCCGAAGUAGACUUCCAUCUCGCUACAGAUGCCUCCCAUCUUUCCGCUGCUAUACUUGCCAAGAAACGUCGUAUGGACAAGAUCAAAGCUAGCGAAACUCCCACAGCUAUUGCAGCCAUGGUCGGCGGAUGUGCACUCGAGUCGACUCUGGAUCAGUCGUCUGCCGCUACGCAGGAGAUCCCGUUGCCUAUGAAGCCGUCUACGAAGCGUCCACUCACACUCGAGGCCGAACCGGUCACUCAGAAGAAGCGGAAGAGUGGCAAGCUCACUACCACGGAGGAGCUGUUGAAGGAGGAAUUCUAA